CGUCCACAGCAGCACUCAUGGCAAGUGCAGAACUUGAUCCUGUGGGUGCAGCCUGUCGAUCAGCUGCCUUGAGCGCGGCCGUGGAUGCUGGGCUGCUUCGGGUGCCAGAAACCAUCGAGGACAAACCCAUGGCACUUUUCUACGAUUUGGACGCUUGGGAAAGAAACUUAGCCAACAUCCGAGCGCUCUUUGGCUCGCACUGGUUGCACGCCUGUGCAGCCAAGACCAACCCAUUGUUCUGGUUUCUUCGUCGAGAAAAAGCACUUGGCCACGGUGCGGAGUGUGCCUCUAUUGCAGAGGUCGUUGCAGCACUGGAGAAUGGAUUUGCCCCUGAAAAUGUGGUGUUCGACUCACCAAGCAAAACGAUUCCAGAGAUUCGUUAUGCCCUGGAAAAGGGUGUCCAUUUGAACAUGGACAAUUUGCAAGAGUUGGAUCGCGUAGUGGAUCUCCUCCCAGGCCUCCAACUUGGAGAGCAGCAGGUCCUGGGACUGCGUUUGAAUCCCCUGGUGGGUGCGGGAAGCAUUGCCGCAUUCAGCGUUUCAACGGGGAAGUCCAAGUUUGGGGUGCCCCUCUACCCAGACCCCAAGUACCAAGCUGAGCUGGUCCAGCGUGUGACCAAAGCAAGCUUUCUCAACUGCAUCCACGUGCACACGGGAUCCGGAGGAAUGGGUUUGAAGCAACUUGUCAGUGGAGUCCGUGCUGCUGUGGACUUUGCCAAGGCCGUGAAUGAAGCAGCAGGGCACCAACAAGUGCGUAUCAUUGACAUUGGGGGUGGCUUGAGCACCAACUUCGAAGAUGACACCCUGACACCAUCCUUUUCAGAGUAUGCUGAUGCGUUGCGGCAAGAAGUGCCUGAAAUAUUCGAUGCCUCGCAGUUUGAGCGGGUGAUUUCAGAAUUUGGUGCAUCAUGCCACAUCAAAUUUGGCUGGUUGGCAUCCCGUAUCGAGUACAUCAAGGAGUGUGAUGGAGGGCGGAUUGCCCUCAUCCAUGCUGGUUCGGAGAUCUUCCUGCGAUCGAGCUACUGCCCAGACACCUUUAUGAAACACCGAGUCCUGCCCUUUGACGCUACUGGCCGACCCAAGGCUGCGACGGAUUUGAUUCCGCACGACAUUGCAGGGCCACUUUGCUUUGCAGGUGAUGUAGUAGUUCGGGAUGCUAUGCUACCUCCCAUGGACCAGGGGGACAUUGUCAUGCUUAUGGAUGCUGGUGGCAACACACUCAGUCUUCACACAACCCACUGCAGCCGCCAAAUGCCGUCAGUUUUUGGGUACCGUCAGCUGCCGGACGCGUCGUUUACCUUUGAGACCCUGAAAGGUCCACAACUGAUAAAGGACACUAUUGGUGUAUGGCGACCAUAAGGCCCAAUGCGGAGCCAAUCCUUUCGCAGCUGAUUGCCGGACAUGAAAUCCAUAUCUUUUGCAUUCCAGCAUGCUGUCUUGUGGAUGUACAGUGUAUAGCGACCUGCUGCGUCAUAGGAUCUGAGCUUGGAUAGACUUGCAGCUGACACGUGCUGCAGUCCGUCAAGAAAGUCAAGAAAGGUCGUGGAUCAGGAGUUGCCACCGAACCGAGUCAAUCGAUUUUCUUUCGCCACCUUGCCCCCUCAUGGCAGAGUGGGUUCCUGACCAUGAUUGUAGAUGGGGCGAGAGAACGUAAUUGAGGGCCAAUAAGGAGUCUUUUGAAGUGGGAAGAUUAAAUGCCUCACUGCACCACUGUCACUAUUAAGUCAUGCUACUUUAGGAUUUGGAUGGAUUUGGAUGGAUUUCGUGAAAGAGAUGCUGGUGCAACGGUGCAAGAGUCCUUGAGUUGCUGAGGUGUGCAGCUCCUCUGAUCCACCGGCCGGCACUGUCUCCACUGUCUUGCGGGGAAAAUCCAGUGCAAAGAGAUCAAAGAGGCUGUACUACCUGUACAUGGGCCUUGCAUGGGCCUUGCAUGGGCCUUACUUAAUUCCAUUUUUUAUUGGUCAAAGUGGUCAUAGAGGCAGUGUUGCCAUAGAUUUCAGCCAUUCAAGACGCACAAAGUUGCGUGGAGAGUUUUGUCUCAACAGGACAAUCGCAGAACCUUUGCACUUCAGAGGUGUCACCCAGUGAGUAGCGAACUUGCCAACGAGCUGUCAAAUUGAAGCUUCGGUCAAAA